CAGGUCUUAAUGCAGGGGGUGACAGCAGCGAGCGGAGGCAGCGCUCACAGCAUCGCUUUCCCUUCCUCUCCUCCUGCUCCUUGGCUGUGAAUUCCCUGCAGGGCCUAAGACCCAGCCGAUGGCGUUCUUAUAACUGCGGACGAGAUGGUAAAUGGGAGCUUCUCCUUCCUUGCCUAGGGGAAGGAAAUGAGCCGACAUGUCUGAGGGCAGCAAGGGGAGCUCGCUGGCCUUCGGCCAGGUGGUGAUCGGGCCGCCAGGCUCCGGGAAGACGACCUACUGCCACGGCAUGCAGGAGUUCAUGGGCAGGAUCGGGCGCAAGGUGGCCGUGGUGAACCUGGACCCCGCCAACGAGCGGAUGCCCUACCCGUGUGCCGUCGACAUCUCCGAGCUCAUCACCCUGCCCGACGUGAUGGAGAACUUGAAGCUGGGCCCCAACGGGGGGCUCAUCUACUGCAUGGAGUACCUGGAGGCCAACCUCGACUGGCUGCAGGAGAAGCUGGCCGCCUUCAAGGGUCACUACUACUUGUUUGACUGCCCGGGGCAGGUAGAGCUCUACACCCACCACAGCGCCCUGAAGAACGUCUUUGCCCAGAUGGCCAAGUGGAAUUUCAGGCUGGCUGCAGUGCAUUUGGUGGAUUCUCACUACUGCACAGACCCCGGCAAGUUCAUCUCCGUGCUCUGCACGUCGCUCUCCACCAUGCUGCACGUGGAACUGCCCCACGUGAACGUCCUCUCCAAGAUGGACCUGAUCGAGCAGUACGGCAAGCUGGCUUUCAACCUGGAUUAUUACACAGAGGUCCUGGACCUCUCGUACUUGGUUGACCAUUUGGCUUCUGACCCCUUCUUCAGAAAUUACCGCCGCCUCAACGCGAAGCUGGUGGAGGUGAUCGAGGACUACAGCCUGGUGUCCUUCGUUCCGCUCAACGUCCAGGAUAAGGAGAGCAUGCGGCAGGUGAUGCAGGCUGUGGACAAAGCCAACGGCUACUCCUUUGGAGACCAGGAGCACAGGAGCCUGGAAGCCCUGAUGUCGGCAGCAGUGGGAGCUGAUUUCCACUUCACUUCCACACUUGCAGUGCAGGAGAAGUAUGUGCAAUCUCGGGACAAGACCGUGGAAGAAGAAGUGAUGGAUAUGUAACACACCCGCCUCUGCCGCAGCUGCUCUCUGCUCUGACAGCUCCCCUUCCCCUGCCGGGAGUCGAAGGGAGGCUCCGUGUCGUCUGACUCAGACCAAGUGAAAGCCUUUCCAUGCAGAUGUCUGGCUUCCGGACUCCCUCGCUGUGGGGAUUUGACCUCUUGUGCUUCAGCCCCGUUUUUGUGGAAGGGCUGUGGCUGAGAGCAAGGCAAGCAAGGGAGGUUUAGCCAGCGGCAGGCAUGGGUAGCAAGAGAAGAGAAGCCUGGUAAAGGAGACUGACCUUUGCCAAGUCUCCUCCUCCCCAUCACAACCAAGAUGGAGCCAGAGAAAGAAAAAUCAGUUUGAGUUGUCUCUUUUAUAGCGAGACUUGACACAAGUUCUUGGUUUACUGCCUAGGAGGGUUGUACACAGUCCUCACAGGAAGAUCCAGGCUGAGAAGCCUCCAAUCUGUCUCAAGGAGGACAGAAAGAUGGUUGUUUUUCUUUUUUUAAAAAAAAAUAAUGACGGACUCUUUCUUAAUAAAACACUUGGUCUCGCUUUCAUCUUGUGAGUUUGCUGAACCUGAAUAAAUAAAAACCGAGUGCUACAAAGCCCGGGGCUAAAAAGCCUCUGGUGGGAACGUCACGGCA